CAAGUCAAAAGAGCAAACAGCCAGAGAGUCUGAGCAGGCGGCUGAGGAGAGUAGAUUAUACAGGCCGGUCUGUAAGGUCGCGGGCGGAUAAACUGCUUCUCAGUCUCGUGCACUGUAGAAAAUCGUAUUUUUUUGCUUUUACGCACUGAAGUUUUUCACUGGCACCUUCUGGCUCCUCCCGAAGCUCAUAAAGCUGCCGACUGAGUGAUGCUGCUGCUGCUGUGGCUGUGGAGCUGACCGGCUUCAAAGAGCCAGUGUUGUUACACAUUUUGUACAUUUUUUAAAGUUCACACCGUGCCUGCAAAAUGAAGACGCUGCUCGCUGCCUAUUCUGGUGUCAAAAAAGGCACUGGUUCCAGUAUCCUCUCGGCGCUGCUGGAGCUCCCCUCGGCCCCCUGGCUCUCCAAAUCGAAGCUGGUGAAGCACCUGCAGGUCAUCUCGGUCCUGCAGUUCAUCCUCACCUUUCUGGCUCUCGGAAUCGCCUCCACGGUGCUGCUGGUCUACCUGUUCUGCACAGACUGCUGGGUCAUCGCCGCCAUCUACACAGCCUGGCUCAUCUUCGACUGGAACACCCCCAAACAGGGUGGGCGCAGGUCAACCUGGGUGAGGAACUGGACAGUGUGGACUUACUUCAGAGACUAUUUUCCCAUCAGACUCAUCAAGACCCAUAAUCUACUGCCCAGCCGGAACUACAUCUUCGGCUAUCACCCCCACGGCAUCUUCUGCUUCGGUGCUUUCUGUAAUUUUUCCACAGAGGCGACGGGAUUCUCCAAGAAAUUCCCCGGAAUCCGACCGUCUCUGGCUACGCUAGCUGGAAACUUCCGGCUGCCUCUGUUGAGGGACUACAUGAUGUUUGGAGGAAUCUGUCCGGUGAACCGUAACUCUAUAGACUACUUGCUCUCCCGCAACGGGACGGGAAACGCUGUGGUCAUCGUGGUCGGAGGAGCUGCGGAGUCGCUGGACUGCGCACCAGGGCUCAACUCCGUCACUCUGAAAAACCGCAAAGGCUUCGUGAAGCUGGCGCUGCAGAAAGGAGCUGACCUGGUGCCCGUGUACUCGUUUGGGGAGAACGAGUCGUAUAAGCAGGUGAUGUUUGCGGAGGGCUCGUGGUGGAGGCAGGUCCAGCGCAGGCUGCAGAAGCUGCUGGGUUUUGCUCCCUGUCUGUUCCACGGCUGCGGGUUCUUCUCGUCCGAGAGCUGGGGCAUGGUUCCCUACUGCAAACCCAUCAACACCGUCGUUGGAGAGCCGAUCACAGUGCCCAAAGUCGAGGAUCCGACUCCGGACAUGAUCGACAUGUACCACACCAUGUACAUCAACUCGCUCACUACGCUGUUCGACAAAUACAAGACGCGCUUCGGCCUGAAAGAGACCGACUAUUUGCUCGUCCGCUGAGAAACGCCAUGACGGAGCUGUGCACGCUACGCCAAAGCAGGCCUGGCCCAGAGGAGGCCGAAGGAACCGAUUUCUCUUCAAAGACAGACAAAAUGUUAUCGUCACUUAGGCCUUUAUCUGGCGUCACUUCCACUGUCAGAUUUCACUCUAUAAAGCCGAAUAUGCUUCACACUCAAGCUGUUAAAACCCCCAACACAAAGACUUACAUUGUCCGGAAAGAGACUCAUUUACACAACAGUGUGUAAUUCUGUAUGCUUGCCACUAGGUGGCACUUUUCAGUAACAGACUACUAUAUAAACCACUAGAUGUUAGUUCACAGUAGCAGAAGCAGUAUAUUCUUAAACGGUGAUCAUCUGCAUCCAUAAACAAUGUUUGUACUCAUAGACGAUGAUGAUCAAUCACUCACAAACCUCUCUUUGGGUAAAUUUCUAUAAUUUUUGACCCUUUUUUGAUUGUAAAUGUGAAAGCAACUUGCCCCCCACCCCACCCCACCCCACCCCGACCCCUUUAAGUUAUUUUUUUACUUUUGCACAAACAAUGCAGUAUAAGAGUUGCCUUACAGACGCAGUGAUGAGGUUCUUUAGACGGUGCUCCAGCCUGCUGUGUAUGCAGGAGCGACAUAAACAGUGAUUAUGUUCAUUAAUAAUUCAUGCCUUGUUGCACGAAGGGGAAGGUGGUCCGAUCCUUCACUCAGGCUGAUUAGUAGGUGAUAUAAAGCUGAGAAAGAAGUUGAAUUUGCUGAAGAUGGAGAAGGAACGUUAAUGUGAAGAUGAUAUGUGGUUGCAGAUGAUCUGACUACCCCUCUAUUUUCAUGUCAAAUCACUGAACAGAUUAUUUAUUAAGACUACAUUCUUAAAAAUGGUUCGUUAGGGUUCUUUAGUGAAGACAAUGGUUUGACCUGGAACCAUGAACCCUCCAAAGACCAUGUGCAUGCUUAAAUGGUUCUUUGCAUCAUGAAAUGGUUCUUCAGAUUGAUGGAGAAUGUGUUGUAAUAGGUCUAUAUAGCACCAAAGAGGGUUCUUCUACUGCAUAUGAUGUCAAGCUUGUAACAACAGAAGAACAUUUUUUUGGUGCUAUUUAGAACCAUAUUCCACACAUUCUCCAUCUGGAGAAACAUUUCACUAUGCAAAGAACCAUGCAAAUGCUAAAGAACCCUUGAAGAACCAUCUUUUUAAGAGUGUAUGCUGAAGUAUACAUUGUUUUUUUUUGUCAGAUAUUGAUUAUUUUAUAAACUACAAGCAAAAUAAGCAGAAAUAACAUAAACAAAUGAGAGAAAAUGGUCAAGUUGCUUAAUAAAACCAUCAGCGAUGGUAAAACCAUCAUUGAAAGCAAACAUACAGCAGUGCCUUUGUUUGAUUUGGCCAAAUACGGCCGUCUGAGUGUCCACAGAAACCUUUUUAUUGAUUUAUAACUGAUUGAGCUGCGGUAAAAUGUUUAAUAUCCCUCCUUUAACUGCUUUCCACAACGUAUGGACGCAUGGAGCCGACAGUGAGAAACUUCAAGACUCUUUAGUCUGCGAUUAGGGUCAUCUGAGUUCAACCGUUCAGGCGGUUCUUGUAUUGAAGUUCUAUGAUUGCUGUGAAAUGAAGUGCUUCAGUGGUUAUUUACAGCCAGCAGGCCUCCACUGCACUGUCUGAUUCCCUAAAUUAAACUUUUGUAUGUUUUUAGAAUAAACAGUUCAUAAAACUAUA